CACUUUGCACAAGUUUUGAUGAAUCUCUCCCCGAGUCUACAGACAAUGGGGGUGACAGCUGAGCCAUGGGAGGAGGCAGGGACCCCAUAGCUGUGCCCACAUCCCUUAGAGAUGGUCAGGGUGUUGUGCCACCCAUUAUACUGUACAGGCCGCUCCUGGGCACGCACCCCAUCUCAGACAUGUCACGUGUGGUGAAGGCCCAAUACAUAUGGCGCCAUGAGGAGACCCCAAUAGAGAGGGAGAAAGGCAACCCCCCCCCCCCCCCUCUCCUGAGCCCACAAUCCACAGAGCCAAUAAUCUACUGCCAGAGGGGAGGGGCCUGGUCUGACCGCACGGGGCAGUAGUAGGAGUCUAUAAAGUAGGAGGAGCUUCUGUCUGAGGGACGGAGAGCGGCUGCGCCACUGAUGAGGGAGGACGCACCGUCACCCCCCGAACCGAUUUGAGGACCCAGGGAGCUACAAAGGAAGCAAACCAAACCCGGUAUAUAAUCUGGAGCGGCAGACGACGCCUGAACAGAUCAUGGCCACCAACUUCUACUGCGACUGGUACCGCCAAAAGAUGAAUCUGAGGGACUAUCAGUGGGAGGUCAUAGGCCCGGCCAUAGAUGGGCAAAACAUCAUCAUCUGGCUCCCAUCAGGGACCGGUAAAACCAGGGCCGCUGUGUAUGUGGCAAUGCGGCACCUAGAGACGAAGCGGGAUGCCAAGGUCGCCAUGAUUGUGAACAAGGUCCACCUUGUUCACGAUCACUUUAUUAAGGAAUUCCAGCCAAGUCUAGGAGCCAGAUUUAAGAUCACUCCCAUAAGUGGGGACUCAGAAAGGAGUAGCUAUUUUGCUGAAUUUGUAAAGAAAUCUCACAUAGUCAUUUGCACUGCUCAUGUCCUGUACAGCGCCAUCUUAAGCGACUCUGUGGACAGACACGUGGAGAUGUCAGAUUUCACGUUAUUGAUUAUGGACGACUGUCACCACACACAGAACGAUGUCAUAUAUAACAAGCUGAUGGAUAUAUACCUUGAGAUAAAGAUUGAUUGGCACCGACGGCUUCCACAAAUUCUGGGGCUGACGGCUUUUCCAGUGGCGGGUGGGGCCAGCACCUUCGAGAACGCCGUGAACUACAUUUUAAUGAUCUGCGCAAAUCUCGACACAUGGAAGAUAAUGUCACCGAAGACUUUAGUCAAGGCGCCCGAUGCCAGGAUGAAGCAGCCCUGCAGACAGUACAACUUGGUCGCCAAAAGGGUUGUAGAUCCUUUUGGAGAUAAGCUGAAGCAGCUCAUGACCGCUAUACAUGACUAUAUGGGCGACACUGAAUACAGAGCAAAUUUUGGCACCCAGGAGUACGAACAGAAUGUAGUAUUGAUGGAAAAAAGUGGGGCUGAGGCCGACGACAUAAGGAAGAAAACUUGCGCAGGUCACCUUCGUAAAUACAACGACGCACUUCUCAUCCAUGACACCGUCAGAAUGCGGGACGCAUACAACUUUCUAGACGAAUUCUACGUAGUGGAAGGAUUUUAUAAACAGCGGAGAGACGAGACAGACGUCUUCCUCUACAGAUUAUUUAAUGAGUACUCGACUGGACUACUCGAGCUGUGUCGAAUCACCAGAUAUGAGAACCCCAAGCUGAAGAUGCUGGAGGAGAUAUUAAAGAAAAAUUUCCAGGACUCCUCCGGGUCAUCCGGCAUCAUUAUGACGCCUACACGACACACUGCCCACUCUCUUUUCGGGUGGAUUCAAAGUAUCUCUUCCCUUCGAGGUCUCAAUAUCAAGGCAGCGGUCUUCUUAGCAUCUGGGUUCAGCCAUCAAAGUAAUUAUAUGGUACAGAACGACCAGAAUGAAGUAGUGGAACAGUUUCGUCAAGGCUUCCUAAAUCUGCUCAUCUUCACCAGUUUGGCCGAGGAGGGCUUGAACCUCCCAGAAUGCAACGUUGUUGUUUGGUACGGCCCGAAAACUAUUGGAACAUCCAUGACGCAGGCCAGAAGCAGAGCCAGUGCGGAGGACAGCUGUUGCUCCUUUUUUGCCAGAUCUAGAUGGGGAGAGAGUCGAAGAGAAAUGACCAAUGAGACGUUGGAGGAUCUUAUGAACCGAGCCAUAAAAUAUGUUCAAGAUAUGCCGGAAGUAGAAUAUGCGGCUAAGAUUAGAGAUCUGCAGAGGGCAUCCCUCGCCGAGCGCAUGGUGCAAAAGAUCAAGGAUGAAAACAAAAUAAAAUUUGCAUCCAGGGAUGUCCGGUUGGACUGUCGGAACUGCAAUAACCCUGUUGCCCACGGGGAUGAUUUACGUCUAGUGGACAUGUCUCUUCAUGUGAAUAUUAACCAACACUUUAAGGAUUACUAUGAAGAAUAUACAGCGCCACUUGAUCUGGAAAAGAAGAUGGAGAACUGGGUUCCUGGAGGUUCAAUCAGAUGUCGCUUUUGCAGGGCGCAUUGGGGCCUGAUAAUAAUCUACCGAGGAUUGACCCUUCCCAGUUUAAGCGUCAAGAGCUUUGUGCUCCAAACUCCUGAAGGUCCCAAAACGUGCAAAAAAUGGAAAAAAAUCCCGUUCCCUCUGGAGCUCUUUAAUUAUAAUGCGUACACUGCAGGGAACCCCUAAAAUACAGAAUACAAGUGAUUCCGAAAAUAGACAGUUUGCUGCUCGGAACAUCCUGAAACCUGAGAUUAUGGCCCCGAAAAUUGUUUUUUCCGAUGUUACAUAAUGUUAAAAUUACGAGGCCAAAUCUGUCGAAGUUCUGAAGGUACGAAUGGGGGCAAGUUUAGCCUCUCCCCUAAUAAUAAUGGUCGUAGAGGAAGUAGACAACAGGUUAAGUCUUAGAAUCUUGUUGAUCAGUCUUGUUAUACAUGAAGGUUCUCAUCAAGUCUGAGGAACACCUACUAGAAAGUCCUUGAAAUUAAGGGACCGGAAGAAUCCUCAGCGCCUGUCCUAAACUGAAGUGAAGUUUGGAAGGUGAGGCUCUUUGUUCAUCACGUUGGUAUUUUGGGCAUUUUUAACAUAAGUCGUGAGAAUUAUUACUUUGUUAGCAGCCGGAUAUGCUUCCACAAAGCCAUCGCUAGACCUGGAGUCAUCCCGGAACAACCAUUUAAGCCUGGUGUAUUGCCUAGAACAGAGGUCCCCAGAACAGAAUC